UGAACAUUCACACAGCAACCCACAUUGCCUCGUCGCACUCCUCUUUGACACUCCAUCCACUCUCCGAUCUCACAAACACAGCAUGGGCAAACGCAAAGCAGCCAAGCGCGAGGGGCCCAAGAAGAAGAAAGAACCACUUGCGACGCAAUUCAAAUGCGUCUUCUGCAACCAUGAGAGCUCUGUCACCGUGAAAAUUGACAAGAAGCUGGGCCUGGGCAAUUUGAGCUGCAAGUCCUGCGGCCAGGGCUUUCAGACGAGCACAACGUAUUUGAGCUCACCCGUCGACGUCUACUCCGACUGGAUCGAUGCUUGCGAAGCCGUUGCGAAGAAUACCGCCGACACCGCGCUGCCUGCGUCUUCGAUGCACCAACCACAUAUCACGGCCUCCUCACGCGCCGGCCUCGCACCUGGAGAGAAAUAUACAGAUGAAGAUGCUGGUUUCAUAGAUGAUGAUGAUGCGGACGCGGAGGCGGAUUAUGAGGGCGAUUGAGGAGCUAUACUGUUCCGCCAACGGAAAACACCCGGAGCGCUGCUACACGUUCAUCACGCGUCACGCUUCCUUGACUGGCGAUACCAACUUCGUGUCAUCGCGCAAAACAAAGCGCGAUCCUUCGUCGUCACGAACUCAAAUGACAAUGGCGGACAGCAUUUCGACCAACACGCAUGGACAGGGAUUCGGCCCAGGACCCCAGAAUAGUUUCGGCCCCAGGCUCGAUCGGCAGGGGAAAGUCCGGACAAACUGCCACCUGUAGUAACUUCCGCGAUUUUCUCUCAGGUGAGGUGGGUUUCGAUGGCAAGUCGGGCGUUGGAGCUGCGUGCCGUUGCCGACAGCAGAUAUCAGGCUUGCGCUCGGCGUCGCGCGUCAUUCCUCUACUCUGUAGCAUUGCACGCUCACAUGAGCGACGCGCAUAAAGCAGCCGCCGAGGCUUCACAAAGCACACGAGACAAAGAAGAUUUAUGAAACCCCAGGUUACAAUGAACUCCAAUUUUGGGUGCACCA